CAUACCGAAUGGUGCUUUAGUUUUGCUGUUUUCGUACAUUUCUACAACAUGAAGUUCGCUUACAAGUUCAGCAACCUCCUCGGAGCGGUGUUUCGGAGAGGAAAUCUUUUGUUCACGCCGGACGGCUACUCCGUGAUCAGUCCAGUGGGCAAUCGGAUAACAAUAUUUGACCUAAAGAGCAAUAAAUCGUCCACACUGAGCAUCGAGAGCCAGUACAACUAUACGGCCAUCGACCUCUCGCCUGAUGGCUGCCUGUUGGUGGUGGUGAACGAAAUUGGCGAGGCGCAGAUGAUCAGCAUGAUCUCACAGACCACCAUUCAUCGAUACAAGUUCCGCACUGAGGUCAAGUGGCUGCGAUUUAGCCCGGACGGGAAGUUUUUCGCGGCGUGCGUCAACACGGCUGUCCUGGUGUUCCGUACGCCGGGUGAAGCGUCUGGAACGUACGGUUCGUUUGUAGUGGCCCGAGCCCUGGAAGUGGCGUACGAUGAGACCGUUUUUCUCGACUGGGCUCCAAACUCGAAGGUGCUGGCAAUCGGCUCAAAGGAUAACACCGUGCGGCUACACAAUGUCGUGUACCUGAACACAUUUCGCCCGUUCGUACUCGGUGGCCACCGGGCAGAAAUAGUUGGGUGCUUCUUCGAGGACCGAACACUCGAUUUGAACACGAUCAGUAGCGACGGUCAACUGAUGCUGUGGGAGUGCGGGAUGGAUGUCGGCGAUCUGCAUAAAACCCGGGCCCAACUCGAACACGAGGAAGAAGGCACGCCGCGCCUCAAAAAGGAGCGUCAAGACGAUGAAGACGGUGACGGCGAGACGGAGAAUUUUUCGACCGAUAAGGAUUACGAAAAAGAAGGUCCUUCUGGUCUGGGAGAACGAGACCUGCAGAUGGAGCAUCUGCGCGAUGCCGGCAUGGCAAAGGACGGUGAAGAACGGGACGCACAAGGAAAGGUGAUUGUGGGGUUGAAACGGCAUCCGUUCUUCUACAAACGGCUGGCGCGCCACUUUUUGGGUGAUGAACCGCGGAAGGAGAACCGCAGCGCGAUCGUCAGCGCGGCCGCGUACCAUAAGCAGCUGCGGAUCCUCGUGGUGGCGUUUUCGACAGGGGCAUUCUACCUGUACGAGCUGCCGGAUGUUAACAUGAUCCACUCGCUUUGCAUCUCGGAGAUGAGCAUCGGCUCGGUGGUGUUCAACAACACGGGCGACUGGUUGGCUCUCGGUGUAUCCGAACUGGGCCAAUUGUUGGUUUGGGAGUGGCAAAGCGAGCAGUAUAUCAUGAAGCAGCAGGAGCACUCGCAGGGUAUGAAUUGCGUAGCGUACGCACCGGACGGGCACCAGCUAGUGACCGGAGGUCACGACGGAAAGGUGAAGCUGUGGAGCAUCACGAGCGGCUUCUGUAUCGUGACGUUCAACGAGCACACGUCGGCCGUGAUGGCGGUGGAGUUUUGUCGGAACAAAAAGUUUCUCGUCAGUGCAUCUCUGGACGGGACGGUGCGAGCGUACGACGUGACACGUUACCGAAACUUCCGCACUUUCACCUCUCCCGAACCAGUCCAGUUUGCGUCAGUGGCGGCCGAUUUUUCCGGUGAACUGGUCGCCGCAGGUAGUCAGGACUCGUUCGAGGUCUACCUGUGGUCGAUGAAACUGGGUCGCCUGCUGGAGGUGCUGAGUGGCCACGAGGGACCGGUGGUAUCAUUGGCAUUCGCACCGAUCGCUUCGUCGUCGGCGAUGGUGUCUGGCUCGUGGGACCAGACGGUGCGCAUCUGGGACUGCCUGGAAGCGUCCGGAGCGCAGGAAACGAUCCAACUCGGCUCGGACGUGGUUUGCGUCGCAUUUAAGCCGGAUGGUGAGGAGGUGGCAGUAUCCACGCUGAACGGUAACAUCACCGUGUUUCACGCGAAAACUGCCGCGCAGCUUGCGUCAAUCGAGGGCAGAAACGAUAUGGAGGGAAGUGUCUCUCAGCAAGAUUUGAACACGGCUCAGAGGAAUCUGCUCGGAAGAGCUUUUAUGUCCAUCUGUUACUCGGCCGACGGGGAGUGUUUGCUGGCCGGGGGCAGAUCGAAGUACGUCUGCAUCUACAACGUGAAGGAAGCGAUUCUGUUGAAAAAGUUCCAAAUCACCCAAAAUCGAAGCCUGGACGGAAUGGAUGAAUUUAUGAACCGUCGCAACCUUACCGAGUUCGGCAACAUGGCGCUGCUGGAGGAGCGCGAAGAGCUCGAAGGUGGCAACGUGGCGGUGCAGUUGCCGGGAGCGAAGAAAGGGAACAUGGCGGCUCGAAACGUGAAACCGGAGGUAAACGUGCUGUCGGUACGGUUUUCGCCCUCCGGUCAAACGUGGGCCGCCGUUUCGAGUGAAGGUUUGCUGGUUUACGCUCUGCACAAAGGGAUCGUGUUCGAUCCGUUCCAACUGUCAACGGAGGUAACACCGCGGGCGACCCGUGUGUUGCUGUACCAGAAGAAGGACUACGGUGGGGCCAUGCUGAUGGCACUGAAGCUUAACGAACCGAGCCUCCUGCAGGAGGUCAUCGAAAGUGUUCCCUUCAGCGACGUGGAGCUGGUGCAGGAAUCCUUGCCGGACGAGUUUGCGCACAGGACAUUGCAGUUUGUAGCGAGAACACUUGGUAACACGCGGCACGUUGAGUUUUACUUGCGCUGGUCGACCGUACUGCUAACACGACUGGGCCAGGUGGAAUCCCUUUUGGACACGCAAACCCUGGUUACGUUGCACCAGAACCUGAAUCACAAAUAUGAUCAGCUGAACAAAAUCUGCGAUUUUAACAAGUACACCUUGCAAGUGUUGAAAAACUUAUCUGUCUCCAACAAGGCGACGAAAAGAGCGCCAUCCAAUGGGAAGGGACAAGAUCACAAAGGUACUGCGGCUGAGCGAGUGGCAGAGGAAGACGGUUCCUCUUCGGAGGACGAGUUCGAAUUGAUGCUGUUGAACGAACGUGUCCAGCGGCAAUCUAGCGACGAGGACGAGCAGGAUGCGAACAGUGACGCGAUGGAAGCAGACGAUCAUUAG